AAGGAUUAAAAAGAGAAACCUGAAGACCGCGUGAUGCGGGGUUAUAUAGCUGGCACCCUGUUCACUUUCUUCCUCCAAUUUCUCCGAAUCCUUAGACUCUAAUUUGUUUCAAAUUUCAAAAUCCCUAAAAAUUAAAAAAAAAAAAAAAAAAACACCCAAAAUCAAAACUCAAAUCUCAGAAAAAAAAAAAAAAAAAAAAAAACCUUCAAACUACAACAAUGGCGGCAUCUACAGCAAGAGAUGAGAACGUAUACAUGGCGAAACUCGCCGAACAAGCCGAACGUUACGAAGAAAUGGUAGAAUUCAUGGAGAAAGUCGUUUCAGCCGCUUGCGAAGGCGAAGAACUUACCGUCGAAGAGCGCAACCUUCUCUCCGUCGCCUACAAAAACGUCAUUGGUGCUCGUCGUGCUUCAUGGCGGAUCGUUUCAUCGAUCGAACAAAAGGAAGAAAGUCGCGGAAAUGAAGAUCAUGUUUCCACCAUUAGAGGUUACAGAUCUAAGAUUGAAUCUGAACUUUCUAACAUUUGUGAUGGCAUUUUGAAGCUUCUGGAAUCUAAGCUUAUUCCUGUUGCUAUUAGUGCCGAUUCUAAGGUCUUUUAUCUCAAGAUGAAAGGUGAUUAUUAUCGUUAUUUGGCUGAGUUUAAGACUGGAUCUGAAAGGAAGGAGGCUGCUGAGAAUACUCUCUCUGCUUACAAAGCUGCUCAGCAGGAUAUUGCAAAUGCUGACUUGCCUCCAACACAUCCUAUCCGUCUUGGUCUUGCACUUAACUUCUCAGUUUUCUACUAUGAGAUUCUCAAUUCUCCUGAUCGUGCCUGCAACUUAGCUAAACAGGCCUUUGAUGAAGCAAUUGCUGAGUUGGACACCCUUGGGGAAGAUUCCUACAAAGACAGCACUCUAAUUAUGCAGCUUCUCCGGGAUAACCUGACUUUGUGGACCUCCGACAUGCUGGAGGAUGGAGCUGACGAGAUCAAAGAGGCAUCCAACAAGCAGGAUGAAGAAAAGUGAAAGCUCUGAAAGCUCAUUGUUUAGAAUUAGGAUUUGCCUUUUGAUUUGCUAUGGUUUAAUUUUUGAAUUGAGGGUGCUGCUGAAUAUUUGACAGUUCCUAGCUGUUAUCUUGAUUCUUAUUUCUAAAUUAUAUCAAACAAUAUCGUAUUUUUAAUCUCUAUCUCAAUUGGUGGCCUGCCUACCUCUAUCUCUUUUUUGGAUUCGCGAUGCCACCGGGUAUUCGCCUUUUGCCGUGUGUAUUAGUGCAUAGAUCCCACUAUAUGGGUUCUGAUUGAAAUUUUUUAACAAAGCAUGAAAGUACAAGCCAAGUUGCAUUAAAUUUAAUGGUUACAGAUCAA